CAUUCUCCCUCCCCGUUGACUUACGGAUCCUUUUGCUGUAUUCCCAGUUUCUCAAACGAUCUUAUAGACUCAGUGUACAGCUCCGAAUAGAGCUACCCUUGAGUUUCACAAUGGCAGCAGCACAGCAAGAAGUCAAACUCCGAAACUUUGACAGCAUCUUUUCCCUCGAGGGCAAGGUUGCAGUCGUCACCGGUGGCUCUCGAGGUUUGGGAUUACACUCUGCGAGCGGUCUCCUCCAAGCGGGCUGCUCCAAAGUCUACAUUACUUCACGCAAAGCGAAGGCAUGCGAAGAAGCUGUUGCCGCUUUGAAUGCCCUGCCAAACAAGCGUCCGGGUGCCCAGGCCAUCUCGAUCCCUGCAGACAGCUCCAAGUUAUCAGAGAUCGAGCGACUAGUUGCCGAAGUAAAGAAAACAACUGACCAUGUCGACAUCCUGUUUGCCAACGCCGGAGCCACUUGGGGAGAGAAGUUCGAGACACAUCCCGAGCCAGCGUUCCAGAAGGUCAUGGAUCUGAACGUCAAGAGCGUUUUCUACUGUGUGCAGAAAUUCGCUCCUCUCCUCGAGGCUCGUGCCACUGUUGAAGAUCCCUCCCGUGUCAUCAUUACAGCCUCCGUGGCCGGAAUAAUGGUCGGUAGCAUGGGGAAUAACGCCACCUUCAGUUACUCCGUUUCCAAAGCCGCCGCCAUCCAUCUCGCCAAGAACCUUGCUGUCGCCCUGGGACCACGGCACAUCCUGUCAAAUGCAAUUGCACCGGGGUUUUAUCCGUCCAAAAUGGCCAACGAACUCAUGAAGAUCCAGGGGGGGAAGGAUAAAUUGGCAGAGCAUAGCCCUAAUAAGAAGUUGGGCGAGCCUGAGGAUAUUGCCGGCCUAGUGGUGUUCUUGUCGAGCAGAGCAGCCAGCCAUAUUAACGGAGCCUGUAUUACGACGGAUGGUGGCGCGCAUUUGAAGGGGCGGAUGUAAAUAUAGGACGAAUACUGUCUUGAUAUCUCCAGGUACAUACACCCAUUACUAUUUGGAAGUAGAUUAGACGAAUACCCUAUAUCUCGAGGCUAUCCGCCGCCCUCCCAUCGG